GCAAGACUAGACUUCCUGGAUAAAACCUGCCCGGACCAACUCUAUAAAACCACCACUCUCCAUUUCGGUGUCUUCUUCAACUAUACCGACGCCGAUGUGAACCUCACCUUGUACUAUAAUUGCUCCUCAGAUUGGUUAAAUUCAAUUCCACCGGGCCCUACCUUCAAAUAUAGUUGUUCCACCAACGGUCUGAAUAGCGAAUUUUAUARGUUGGUAACACCCAAUUCCAUCCUGCYUGAUGCGAGCCAAGCUGCUGAGGAAUGCAAUGCAAAUGUCACGGUUCCGGUUCUUGAGAGCGAAGCUAAGGGAAUCGUGGCCACUCUGUCGAAUCUGCCGACGAUUUUGGAAAAGGGUUUUGAGGUAAGCUACAGUGGGUACAAUGAUCUGUGUGGGAAAUGUGAGGAUUCCGGUGGGCAAUGCGGGUACAACUCGACUUUGUCGAUGCCCAUGUGUUUUUGCCCUAACCAGCCUUAUUCAAAUAUGAGGUGCGGAGGGAAAACAGGAAAUUGGGUUGCAAUAGCUGCAUCAACUGGAGGAGGUUUUGCUCUUAUCGCAAUAAUAAUUAUAUUCUGUUGGAUGAGAAAGAAAGUCUCUUCAGAUAAUGUAAUUCUCUCUCGAAGCGGGAAAACAAAGAAUAUUCAAAAUGUAGAAGCGUUCCUAAAGAGUUAUGGAUCCUUGACUCCAACAAGAUACAAGUAUUCAGAUGUCAAGAGAAUGACGAAUUGCUUCAAAGAUAAAUUAGGCCAAGGAGGUUAUGGUGGUGUAUUCAAAGGAAAACUAAGUGAUGGUCGUCUCGUGGCUGUGAAAGUAUUGAAUGACUUCAAAGGCAAUGGAGAGGAGUUCAUUAAUGAGGUUGCAAGCAUUAGCAGGACUUCCCACGUUAAUAUUGUCACUCUCCUAGGUUUUUGCAUCGAGGAACACAAAAGAGCUCUGAUCUAUGAGUUCAUGCCGAAAGGAUCUCUUGAAAAAUUUAUUUAUUGUGGAACACCAACAGAAACUCCUCACCUCGAAUUUGAAAUACUAUGCAAAAUUGCAGUCGGAAUUGCUCAAGGGCUAGAGUACUUGCACCGUGGUUGUAAGACGCGAAUAGUACAUUUUGACAUAAAGCCACAUAACAUUCUUUUAGAUGACAACUUUUGUCCGAAGAUCUCUGACUUUGGGCUUGCAAAACUAUGCCCCAGAAACGAAAGUAUACUAUCGAUGACAGGUGCCAGAGGGACUGCAGGAUACAUUGCACCAGAAGUGUUCUCGAGAAACUUUGGAGGGGUCUCGCAUAAAUCGGAUGUGUAUAACUAUGGUAUGAUGAUUCUAGAAAUGGUUGGAGGAAGGAAAAAUAUUCAGGUAGAAGUCGAUAAUACAAGCGAAAUUUAUUUUCCACACUGGAUUUAUAAGCGUCUUGGGCUAGAAGAGGAUUUAGGACUGCAUGGAAUUACAAAUAAUGUGGAAGGAGAAAUUGCUAGAAAGAUGAUUUUGGUGGGUUUGUGGUGCAUACAAAUAGACCCAGCAGAUCGGCCAUCGAUGAGUAAGGUGCUAGAAAUGUUAGAAAGAAAUGCUGAUAGUCUACUAAUCCCACCUAAGCCCUUCCUUUCAUCCCCACCAAGAUCACCGACAAGAUUUUCGACCGUGUCAAUAUCAUAGAGUUAGUAAAUGUUGUUGCAUUUUUAAGCUUAUCCUGUAGCUAUGGCAAAGUACGUACGUAGUACAGUAUUUCUUCACAUUAUCUUUUACACGUAUUUUUCAUUGUA